AUGGCACCACAGCUAGGUAUUCAGCCGUCGCUCGACACUGUUCGAGAGGUAUUGGCUGCAGCCGUCAAGUCUCCCAAUCCGCCGAACCUGGUUCCUGUAUUCUCCUCGAUCCCCGCCGAGUUCCUGACGCCGUCGAGCAUAUACCUGAAGAUCUCCGCAAAAUCGGAAUCAAGGCUGUCGUUCCUUUUUGAGAGCGCUGGGACUACCGAGACGAUAGGACGGUACAGCUUUGUUGGUGCAGACCCGCGCAAAGUCAUCAAGACGGGCCCCGGCCAUGGCGAAGAGACGGACCCAUUGCCCCUCCUCGAGGCGGAACUUGCAAAGAGCCGCGUCGCGACGGUGCCCUCGAUACAACUACCUCCGAUGACGGGCGGUGCGUUCGGAUACGUUGGAUAUGACUGUGUCAAAUACUUUGAGCCCAAAACUCGACGAGACGACGUGAAGGAUGUGCUAGGCGUACCAGAGAGCUUUUUUAUGCUCUUUGACACGCUCAUAGCAUUGGAUCAUUUUGCGCAGGUUGUCAAGGUCAUCACAUAUGUCAAGGUGCCCGAAAGCCUUGACAGGCUCGAGGAGGCGUACGAAGACGCCAAGAGCAUUCUCAAGAGAUAUGUGACGAUAUUGAAGGACAAGGACAUUCCACUACCAAAGCAGGGGCCUAUUCAACGGGGCAACCAGUAUACGUCCAACAUUGGCCAAGAGGGGUACGAGAGCCACGUCAGGGAGCUGAAGAAGCACAUUGGGGUUGGCGACAUCAUCCAGGCAGUGCCAUCGCAACGAUUUGCAAGGCCGACCUCACUGCACCCAUUCAACAUUUACAGGAACCUACGAAACGUCAACCCGUCGCCAUACCUGUUCUUUGUGGAUUUUGACGCGUUCCAGAUUGUAGGGGCAAGUCCCGAGCUGCUGGUCAAGCAGGAGCAGGGUCGCAUCAUCACGCAUCCCAUUGCUGGGACAGUCAAGCGGGGUAAAACGCUGCAAGAGGAUGCAGCACUUGCAGACGAGCUAUCCCGGUCACUGAAGGAUCGGGCUGAACAUGUCAUGCUGGUCGACUUGGCUCGUAAUGACGUCAAUCGCGUGUGCGACCCACUUACCACGCGGGUGGACAAGCUGAUGGUUGUGCAAAAGUUUUCGCACGUGCAGCACCUGGUGUCCGAGGUUUCUGGGGUGCUGCGACCUGGCAAGACGCGAUUCGACGCGUUCCGCUCGAUAUUUCCCGCCGGAACGGUGAGCGGAGCGCCCAAAGUUCGCGCCAUGGAACUCAUCGGCGAGCUCGAGAAGGAGAAGCGCGGUGUGUACGCCGGCGCCGUGGGCUACUUUGGCUACGGCAGUGUUGACGGCGACAAGGAGGUCGAGGGCGCCAUGGACACUUGCAUUGCGCUAAGGACGAUGCUGGUCAAAGACGGCAUCGCCUAUCUCCAAGCAGGGGGAGGCAUAGUGUUCGACUCGGAUCCGUACGAUGAAUGGAUGGAGACGAUCAACAAGCUAGGCGCAAACACGCAUUGUAUCACGUCGGCAGAAGAGAAGCACCUGGCAGAGCAAGAGGAGGAGCAGGAGGGCGCAGGCGCAUAGGAGGAGGCGGGUGCGGCCGUGCAGGGCGGCGCAGCGAGGGGCAGGUGGUUGGACGAGGCUGGCCAGACUGCGCCACAACUAGCAGUAGCGGUAGCGGUAGCGGUAGUGGCAGUGGCAGUGGCAGUGGCAGGAGGUGACUGGCUGGUGGGCCACGAUGGGGGCGCUUAGAUCUCAGCACGCUUGAUUGGCGGGGAAGCGAGAUUGACCAAAGUAGCACGUCGUGUGGGUGUAUGUGUGUAUGCGUGAGUAAGUGAGUGUGUGAG